AGGGUCGCUUCCGGCCGCGGCGCGUAUUUCCAACUCUGUCGCGCGGGGCGGCAAGAAGGAUCGGCCGAGGACCACAGACGGGAUGUUGCGGACAGCACUGAACCGCGUGCCUACACUACUGCGUAGUGUGCGGACCCGGAAUCCCGGGCCGGGGCGACUUUGGGAUGCGGGAACUCGCCUGACGACCGCGGAGAGACGUUGGGGCUGGCGGAGUUCGAACUCCGCACCAGAACCCGAGUCUGUGGCCGCGCUGGGGCGCGUCGAGCCGAGCCAAUACCAGCUCCACUACACCUGCAAGGUCUGUGGGACUCGGUCAUCCCAGCGCAUCUCAAAGUCGGCCUAUCACAAAACUGUGGUCAUCGUUAAGUGCCCUGGUUGCCAGAACAACCACAUCAUCGCCGACAACCUAGGCUGGUUCUCUGACUUGCAGGGGAAGAGGAACAUUGAAGAAAUCCUAGCAGCUCGAGGAGAGGAGGUUCGCCGCGUGCCUGAAGGAUGCCCUGGUACCGAUCCGGAGGCUGCUGAACCACCUGCCACCCUCCCUGGCAAGACUGAACAGAGCUGACUGUGGGGGCCAACCUUAAUAAGCUAAAUACAGACAGGUCACCCAAAGGAAGCUCUUUGCCCGAGUAGAACUUGGCCAUUGAUAAUUUAACAAGAGGCCGGAGUCUCAGUAGUUUACCCUGAGGCAAUGCCUGGCUGCAGGAGGAACCACAAGCUAAGAUUACCGUAGGGCAAUGCUAGCUCUUAGACUCCCUCCUGUUCCCAUUUCACCUUGGGACCUGUUCCUUGCCUUGGUGGGAGACAAGCAUUAACCGCUAGAUAUACACUUGUUCUGUGCUUACCCGCGAAAUGACUAAUUUGGUUUAUUUAUUAGCUUUACAGAGUAUGGAGUUCUAGUCUUGUACUUAUUAUAGAUCGUUAAAAAACCAAGUUAGUCAUCUUUAAAGUGCUGAUGUGGUAGGUUACAGGAAUGAGCCUCACUUAGUUCCCUGUGUAUGUUUUCAAGGUCAAACUUAAAGCAGGUAAUAAAAAGCAGGAUUUGUCUAAUCAACGUGCUUAGGCAGCCCUCAUACUUCAGAGAUCUGCAGAAUAUGGCAUUUAAAAUAAUGAUUAAAAAACUUAUUA